AAAAAGAGAAAAAAAGGGAACGACGACAGGUUCACGUGCCAUAGCUACGACGCGCAUUAUUGAAUUGGACGAUCGCGAUUCAGGGGACUGCAGUUCUGCAGUCCAAAGGAGUGUCAAAGAUCAUGGAACAAAUGAUUGUUUUGAGUUCACAAAAUCCAUUGUCAUUGCUGGUUAAGUUCAGCAUGAUGGCAUGGAACAAUACUUGUGGAAUUGACAAUUGUUCUGGCCAUGGCGAAUGCCACAAUGGAACCUGCAUAUGUGAGAUUCAGUUUGAUGGCUCAGAAUGCCAUGUUCCAAAUUUCAGUUAUUACAUUGCUUUUGCCACCAUGUUCUUUAUUUUGGCAUUUAUUUGCUUAACGCAACUGGUCAUGUGCAUAGUAGCAGAAUGGCAGAAGAUGAAGGCACCAUCAUUUCUUCGCGCGUGUCGAGUUACAACCCAAAAGGUCUUGUAUUUCGUUGUAUUUUUAGCGUCACUGAUUCGAGGAGCAUACUUUACAUCUCCAACAGCAUUUAAAGCAGGCUGGUCCAGAAGUUUAUUAUCUGCAUAUUAUCCAUUAGUACUGAGUGGUGCUUCUUUAAUCGUUUGCUUUUGGGCUGAAGUUUUUCACUUAAGAGACAUUCGCACAGAUAAACCACAGUUUCUUUCUAAAUCCUUUUUAGCCUUUGUGAUUUUCAAUUUUAUCACAUAUUCUCUUUUAUUAGCGGAAUUUAUUACGGCACAAAUUCAUGACCAAGACGAUCAGAGUUUCUACAAGCAUAUUUUUAAUGGAUGUUAUGCUGUAUUACUAUUUAUUGUUGUUAUAUUUUUCCUCAUAUAUGGUAUUGAGGUAUUUUUUAAGGUACGUGGUGGUUUUUUAAGUGAACAUCAAGUAGCGUCAAUUGCAACAAAUAAAAGAAUAUCUGACGAGUCAAUGGUUCGUGAAGAAGACCCAGUGAUGGCAAAAUUAUUUGAGUCAAUUCCAAGUACAACAGAUUCAUUGCAUCAGCAAGUGAAUACAUCGCAACUUCAUCAAUCAAGAUUCGGCUUGUUAUCUCAGGCUUUCAUGCUAUUUAUUGUCGUUGGAUUUUUAUUUAGUGAAACAUUAAGUGAAUUCUGGAAAACCAAAGUUCCAUUAUAUAGCAGAAAUUGGCAUGAUGUGGUUUUUCGCGUCAUUGAGGUUGGAGUAGCAUUAUGGUUUCCUUGUGUACUUUGGAAUUGUAUGAGCCCUGAACAAUUAUGGAUUCUAAAUCCUAAGAGAAUUUUAAAGAAAUUGGAUCUUGAUCAACCUAAAUAUCCUAAAGAAAUCGAAUUACAGGAUAGAUGUAAUUUAGUUGAAUCUACAUUUCUAACAGACUCAAGCUCCAUUAGUAGCAAAGAUUGUUGGAUUUGUUAUGACAUUGAUAGACAGGAUGCUGGUUCUUUAAUUCAGCCUUGUCAAUGCAGAGGUGAUGUUAGUGCAGUACAUCAUGACUGUUUGCGACGAUGGCUUGUCGAGAGUUCAACAAAUGUAGAUAGUCUGACAUGUAAAAUCUGUGGUACAUUAUAUAAUGUAGAACAUGCAAGUAGAUUAGAUUGGCAAAAUAGCUUAACCCCUCGCCACUGGCUACAAACAAUUGGUAUUGUUGUGACAAUGUGUGCAUCAUCUGCAGCAGCAUGGAUAUUAAUACAACUAGUUGAAGAUCCAAUUAUUAGAAUGUUAGCAGCUGGUGCAGCACUCCUAAUUAUGUAUGUUUGCAUAAGAUUUUUGAGUCUCAACACAGUAGUGGCUUACCAACGAGCUAAAAUUUCAUCCUUGAAUAUCGUCAGUGCAGAAAAUGCCUCGGAAACCCAGGUUUCGACAAUCAGUCGUUGCGUCUCCGUCGAUUUGGCAAAGUGAAGAAAAUGUGACAAAGAAAAAAUGGAAGUGAGCAAUGAUAAGAUAAAUAAUAAUAAUGAAAUAGAAUAAGUAAAUGAGGGAAUGGCAUAGUUAAAAAAUAUGAAAGAAAAACGGAGUGGGAUGUUUCUUAUAAGAAAGUAUUUGUAUGUAACGUUUUUGGAUUUUCAAUUGGUAUCCAGUUAAAAAUAAGUACUAGUCUAUUGUGGGAUUUUAUUAAAUGAUCCUAGAGUCAAUUAUAAAUAACGUUAAAUCUAAUAUUAAUACAUGAUGUAAUCUUUUUACCAUCUUUAAUAUACGAAAUUUAAAUUUCUAAAAAUAAUUCAUGAAAGCACAUAACAAAUAUGAUAAGCUUAUUUUUUACUUUGACAUUGUACAUAUCAACAAAUGGUUCUACUGAUUUGUAGGUAUCCUUUGUUAUAAUAAAAUAUCUUCAUAAUUGCUCGAAAA